CCUAAAAAUCCUCCCAUUACAAAAAUUAAAAUAGAGAAGGGAAUGCUAACUUUGACUAGUGUUGUAAAUUUCAAACAAGCGGAGAGAUCAUAAUAUCGAGCCACGUGGCAAUAACAAGGGUCACGAUCUUGUGAUGGCAAAAUCGAAGUUCUCGCUCUGUUUGCCCUAAUCUGCUUGAUGUUUCCUUUAUGCCCUAAUCUAAUAUGCUUGGUGUUUACUUUGUGCCCUAAUCUGCCAAUUUUGCCCGGCAUUUGAUAGAGCAGUCCACCCAACUCGAGCCUUUCUUCGCACUAUAGUCCAUCAGAAAUGGCAAAACGAACGAAGAAGGUUGGCAUUGUUGGGAAAUAUGGUACCAGGUAUGGUGCCAGUCUAAGAAAGCAGAUCAAGAAGAUGGAAGUGAGCCAGCAUGCUAAGUAUUUCUGUGAAUUCUGUGGCAAGUUUGCAGUGAAGAGGAAAGCAGUGGGGAUCUGGGGAUGUAAGGAUUGUGGGAAAGUAAAGGCAGGUGGUGCAUACACAUUGAACACUCCUAGUGCUGUCACAGUGCGCAGCACCAUUAGAAGGUUGAGGGAGCAGACAGAAAACUGAUUCUUCUCUAUUAUUUUCAGGCAGUUUUUAAUAAGAAGGAAUGCACUAGAACAAAAUGUUGUUUUGAAGAGCCAAUUUUUUUUAAUGAAAUUUGUCUCCAUUUUUUUGUC